AUGCCGGCCAAAUCAGCCUCGUUCAGCUCCAGUUCGCCGUCGUUCCGGCCGAGGAACUCGAGCAGGCAGGAUGCAUCCGCUGCAGGGACCGACAAGUUCCUCGUCGCGAUUGAUUUUGGCACGACGUUUUCUUACGUGGCUUACAUGAACGUCGCGGACCCCAGCAACGAAAAUAUCGUCUCGAAAUGGGACAACGUUCAAGAAAAACCCGUCCCGACCGUCUUAAAGUAUGAAAACGGCGGAACCAGCGGCCUGUUCCAAUGGGGCCACGGGGCGUCGAGGUCGCUCAUGCCAGGCGAGAGACUGCACGAGUGGUUCAAGCUCGGGCUGCAUCGCGAGGCUCAAGAAAGCCUCGCCGCGGAAUCCGACUUCAUGCACAUGUACCCGAGCUCGACGGCUCUGCCUCCCGUCGAGGGGGAAGACUGUGAGAGACUCGUGAUCCACUACCUCAAGAGGCUCAGCAACGCCGUCGACGAGUAUCUCGCGGACAAUCUCUUCCGGGGCGAGAGCGUGCCCGUCGAGAAGGAGUACAUCAUGACUAUACCGGCCAUGUGGAGCGACAGGGCGAAGCAGACCACGGCGCGUUGUGCCCAGAGAGCACUCAAGCUCGCCGGCGACGACGAGGGAAAGCUUCAGUUUAUCACGGAGCCUGAAGCCGCGGGCAUAUACGCCUUGACCAACAUGCGCAACACGGGGCUGCGCCAAGGUGAUACGUGCGUCAUCUGCGACGCCGGAGGAGGGACGGUCGAUCUGUCUUCGUAUCGCGUCCUGUCGCUGAAGCCGACCGUCUCGCUGCUGCAAGUGGCGAGGGCUUCGGGCGGCCUUUGCGGAAGUAGCUUCCUCAACAGGAUCUUCGAAGACUACCUCAAGAAGCGGCUUCAGGGCCACGUCAAGAAAUGGGGUGCCCGGGAAAUGCGAUGGUUGAAAUCGUCGGUGGACAAGUGGUUUGAGCAGGAAGUCAAGCCUCACUUUGACGGUAGUGACGACGGGUAUUUCUGCCGCGAAACAGACGCGCUGGGAGAAAAUACAGGGAUUCCGAAUAACAUGAUUAGAAUCUCGGGUAAGGAUAUCCGGGAGAAGAUCUUUGACCCCGUCGUCGAGAGAAUCCAGGUCCUCGUCCGAGACCAAAUCACCCUCACUGUCAACCAGGGUGAGACAGUGACGGCCGUCUUGCUUGCCGGUGGGUUUGGCAACAACGCCUACCUGAGGACCUGUCUUGAGAGAAUGUGCAAGGACAGCUCGGUGUUUGUCCAUGCCAUACAUGAGAGCGCACUCGCAAUUGUCCGAGGCGCGCUGAUUUACGGCCGCGCAAAGGCCUUCAAGAAGAGACGUGCGGACGCAAUAGCGGCAGGCAAAGUCAGCCAGGAAACUGACUACAAGGACGAGUUCGACCCGGGCAUCAUCAUGGCAGACGUCCCUGCAAAGCUGUCCCCGGCGCACUUUGGCGUCAUCCGAUACGUGACAUACGACCCUAAAAAACACUUGGGCAAUCACGACUUUAGAAGAGACUCGUCUGGCGCCACAAUGAUUCCAGUGAUGGAAUGGUUCGUCCACCAAGGAACUGAGCUGAGAGAGGAUGAGCCGAAAUUCUUCAAGCUACGGUGGUUGAAGGAAGCCAAAAGAGGCAAGCAAGACCGUCUUGAGAUCGUGAGCGAGGUCUUUGCCUACGAGGGCAAGCAUCCUCCAGACUACCCGGACUCGCCGCUUCAUCCCAGUCCCGAUAUUGCGAGACCUUUGGCCACUCUCAAGAUCGUAUUCAAGGAUGGGCUACCUAAACAUCAGCGCAACGGCAGCUUUUGGUAUGACGAGAGGUUCGAGAUCAAUAUGGUGCAGGGCUCAGCCAAGACCAGCUUCUUCCUUCUUCAUAAUGGACAGAAGCAUGAUGUUCAGGAAGUCACGUUUGCCAAAUGA